AUUUGAAAAGCGUAGAAAGUGGGAUGGGAACACGUGGCCCGCUAUCCGUUAUUCGACCGUUGCAGAAAGAAAUCUGUUGAGUUGUGUGUUUAUGCAAAACGCAACGCAUCACAACACAACAGAGGCUCUGUCCAUUAAAACCACUCUCCAAAAUUUCUCUCUCCAUUCCUUGCGCUUCCAUCCAUCAUGGCCAUCGCAACAGAGACUCAGCCUCAACAACACAAGGAUUCUUCGGAGGUUUCGGGUUCAGCUGCGGAGCAAAGAAGGUGGACGCUUAACGAUUUCGAUAUCGGAAAGCCUCUUGGAAGGGGAAAAUUCGGUCACGUCUAUUUGGCCAGAGAGAAGACUAGUAAUCAUAUUGUUGCUUUGAAAGUACUCUUCAAGAGUCAAUUGCAACAAUCCCAAGUUGUGCAUCAACUUCGACGUGAAGUUGAAAUACAGAGUCAUCUCCGACAUCCCCACAUUUUGCGCCUCUAUGGAUACUUUUAUGAUCAGAAACGAGUUUAUUUGAUUUUAGAGUAUGCACCCAAAGGUGAACUUUACAAGGAAUUGCAAAAAUGCAAAUAUUUCAGUGAAAGGCGUGCAGCUACUUAUGUUGCAUCAUUGGCCCGAGCCCUUAUAUAUUGCCAUGGAAAGCAUGUAAUACAUAGGGAUAUUAAACCAGAGAACCUUCUUAUUGGUUCACAGGGUGAGUUGAAAAUAGCAGACUUUGGGUGGUCAGUGCACACAUUCAAUCGCAGGCGGACCAUGUGUGGCACACUGGAUUACCUGCCUCCUGAGAUGGUGGAGAGUGUAGAACAUGAUGCGAGUGUGGAUAUAUGGAGCCUUGGUGUCUUGUGCUAUGAGUUUCUUUAUGGAGUCCCUCCUUUUGAGGCUAAAGAACAUUCUGAUACUUACAGGAGGAUAAUACAAGUGGAUCUGAAGUUCCCUCCUAAACCAAUUGUGUCUUCAGCUGCAAAGGAUCUCAUUAGUCAGAUGCUGGUCAAGGAUUCCUCUCAACGUCUACCAUUGCACAAACUCCUCGAACACCCUUGGAUUGUUCAGAAUGCCGAGCCCUCCGGUGUAUAUAGGAGCUAGUGCUGCACCUUAUCAUUCUUAUAUUGUAUUUUCUUAAUCGUGGAAAUCAUCAAAAUAGCAGCUGCUUCUAAGUAUUUGACAACAUUUUGGUUUUGAGAUGAUGCAACUAUUUGAAGUAGGUUGCUAGGUUAAGAGAAAUCACUUGUUGAUUGUAAACCCUACUCCUUCAAGGGCUAUAUAAAGAAUAACUGAUGUCACUUGUUAUUUGAUUGUAAACCCUACUCCUUCAAGGGCUAUAUAAAGAAUAACUGAUGUCACUUGUUGAUUGUAAUCCGGUAUACUCCAAAAGGAACUGAUUUUUUA